AUGAAAAUUGCAAUUGCAGAUGUGUUUCGCGGUAGUCGUCACCGUUACUGUAUGUGGCACAUCAUGACUAAGGUUAGCGAGAAAGUGGGUGCUGAGAUGUCAAAGAAUAAUGAGUUCCGGAGGGCAUUGAAUAGUGUUGUGUGGAACGAGAAAGCAACGAGAACAGAAUUCGAGAUCGGGUGGAAAUUCGUAAUCGGGAAAUACAACCUACAUGAAAACCGAUGGCUAACGAGUAUGUACGAGGAGCGUGCGUCAUGGGUGCCCGCAUUUUGCGAUGAUGUGUUCAUGGGAGGGCUGCUACGUACCACUUCCCGUUCAGAGGCGGAGAAUAGGAUUUUCCAGGGAUGUUUUAAAUGUCGAGUUCGAUCAUACACUGAGGCAGACGGGUUGAAGACAUAUAUGGUUGAGGAUGAAAAUGAGCAACGAUACACAGUCAUAGUGCAAGAUGGAAGCAACAUAGCAUGCACAUGCAGAAUGUACGCAAGAGUAGGUCUCCUUUGUAGCCAUGUUUUUGUCGUACUCAAAGAUGAACGUAUCGAUGACAUCCCCCCACAACAUAUUACACCGCGAUGGACGCGAGACGCCGUGAAGCACUCCCCCACUGAUACGGACGGAGAUAAACAGAACGGUUGUAACACUUUUAGGCAAUGCAACAAUGAGGAAGGACAAAUAAUGAAUAUAUUUCAUAGAUGUUUGGGCAAGGCUAAAGGAAGACCAGAAAAAAUGAAGGAGAUAAGACUGUGGAUGGAAGAGUUUGAAGCAACAUUCGGGGAGCACGAAAGAGCCGAUUUGAAUGUAAGUGGGAAGCGUGCAAUAAUGGAGUCGUAUUGCGGCGUCGUAACCCCAAAGACAAUAGAAGUGCAUCCUCCACCCGUUGCAAAAACCAAAGGGUCUGGCAAACGAAUGAAAUCUGCAAGGGAGAUAGCAAUGACGGAGCAUUAUAAGAAAAAACGCACAUGCAAAACAUGUGGACUAGCCGAUGGCCAUAAUAGCAGAAGCUGCCCGUGA